GUAUCUGGAAAUCUGCUGCUCUCUUACUUUCCUCAACUAUUUCUGGUUUCCAAACGUAGGAAAGCCCUUACGACCUCACAAUAGCCUAUCAGGACGGCCAAGAUGACUAGAGAUACGAGCCUAAGAACUGGCAGCGCACGCCUGCUGGUUCUGGCCCUAUCCCUUCUAGUACUCUGCUUUCCCUCAACAGACGCGUACAUAUUUGAAAUCAUUGCGAGCCCUGAGGUGCAAGCAAAGUGCGAGGCUGCCACAAAUGUUUCCUCGUGCACAUGCUCCGACGUUCCGGGAAUCUCGGGGAACUUCGAGCACGGCUGGUUCGACAACCAAAUGAUCGACUCCUUCGACUGGCUCGACCGAGCAGCGUGUUGCUCCAAGUGCGCAGAAAACUCCGACUGCACGUUCUGGCAACUCGUCCCUGGGUACCCGGCCGACGAAAGAGAGCCUGCCUCCCCGGAUAUAUGUAAGCUAUACGCUGGCACGCCGAAUUGUCGAAAGUUUUUUCCGGGCGGUGCAGGCAUCGGGGCAGGCUGCCGUUCUAGCGUUACAAACGACCCGCACCUGGUGGGGGCCCACGGCACGCGAUAUGACUUUAACGGCCGACCGGACCGCACGUUCUGCCUGUUGACGGAUCGCGAUGUCCACGUGAACAUGCUGCUGCGAGGAUACUAUAGCGAGGAUACGACAGACGCCGCCCUCGUUGUGGAUGGAAAGGCUGUGCACACCUGGAUUAAGGAGCUCGGCAUCGUGUGGUUCGCGAAUGGAGCGACACAUACCGCUCGCUUGGUGGCGCGGAACGGCAAGCAGCAGCUUCGAGGGGACGGAUUCAUGAAGGCGAUCGAAAUCGACGGCCAGAAGCAGCCGCGCAUGAAAGUGGGCGACCAAAUCGUCCCAUCUAACGGCAGUGCUCUCACAAUAAGUUUCCAGGCGUUGGAGAAAGAAGGCCCCUACGAUGUGGAUCACUACACUUUGCUUAUUGACAGGCUGUUAUCGAUUGAUGUGAAGCUGCGUGUAGCGCAUCCGAAGCUCCAAACACCAACUGACGCGGAAGUGCACAUCAACAUGGGGGUGGCGGAAUUUGCGCACACCGAUUCUGUUCACGGUGUGUUGGGGCAGACUUACCGCGCGGACCACGCGCAAAGGGCUGCAGACUUCCAGAAGUUGGUAGCAGCUCUGCACCAUGGGGUCUCCGCUGAUGGGGAAGAGGGGAAGGGUUUUUUGGAUGGUACCCCGCGCUCCUACGAGUCGAGCACUGUACUCGCUGCAGAUUGUGCAUUUGCAGCUUUUCGGCACAUCUAACCUUGCUUAUUUGCAGUCUCUUUGUGUUUCCCAUGUUUCUUUGUUGUUGUUGGGCUGAGAAAAAGCCCUUAGGAUCUUUUCAGACACUAAGUCCCAGCUGUGAAGACUUGAGCCUUUGAGUAGUGCAGCGGAAGUUGAGACGGUUGAACCCUUGUACUAGUAUGUGAGAACAACUCUCAUACCAUGUUGGGCUGAGAAAAAGCCCUUAGGAUCUUUUCAGACACUAAGUCCCAGCUGUGAAGACUUGAGCCUUUGAGUAGUGCAGCGGAAGUUGAGACGGUUGAACCCUUGUACUAGUAUGUGAGAACAAGUGAUUGAUUAAGGAAACAA